ACCCACAUCAUGAAAAUUUGUUACAUCAAAACCUUGUGAUAGUGUUGAUGGCAGAGGAGGAGAGUCCAAGUGUGAUGCCAAAAGUGAUCAGUUUCCUCUCCUCCAUGCUGGAAAAGGUAGCUGAAUCAAACGAUCACAACCAGAAGCUUCAACAGCAGCACAAGAUCUCAGUGUUCCAUGGCCUGACACGACCAAACAUCUCAAUUCAGAACUACCUUGAAAGAAUCUUCAAGUACGCUAAUUGCAGCCCUUCCUGUUUCAUCGUUGCAUAUGUCUACCUCGAUCGUUUCACUCAGAGACAACCCUCUCUCCCCAUCAACUCCUUCAAUGUCCAUAGAUUGUUGAUCACGAGUGUCAUGGUAGCUGCCAAAUUCAUGGAUGACAUGUACUACAACAAUGCAUACUAUGCGAAAGUUGGAGGAAUCAGCAAAAGAGAGAUGAAUGUUCUUGAGUUGGAUUUUCUGUUUGGUUUAGGUUUUCACAUGAAUGUGAGCCCAGGAAGCUUUGAAGCAUACUGUGUUCAUCUUCAAAGAGAAAUGGUGCUGAUGCAACCUCUGAGUUUUGCAGGAAAAUCAUUAAAAACUCACUUGUGCUUCAAUGAAGAUGAAUCUUCUCAUCAAAAUCAACAGCAGCUAGCUGUUUGAUUCAUUCCAUGCAUUUUUCUCAAUGCAUCAAGUGUUGUAAAUGUACUCAAUCUAUAUCACAGACUGCCAAGUAAACUACUUUUUUUUUAUUCUAA